AAAUUAGUAAUCGAGCAUAACAACAUGGCUGCGCCCGUGCACAACAAUUGACAUGGGUCGAAUAUUGGCAUUUGCUGCCCAGGCCAGCCCCUUUUUGCUGGCAGGGUUAGCCCUUGGUGGAAGUAUGUAUCGGCUCGUGAAUCACACUUUUUAUGCGUCAGGUAAAUGCAAGAAGGUGGCAGUGGAUAAUAACCUUGAAAAGACAUUGAGCCCAUACCUUAACAGCAUGGUUAACAAGGUAGCUGACAACUUUCUGUCAGGUAAAAUCUCACCCAGGGAUUUUGCAGAAAUCAAAUUCUUCCUUGCUGAAACCUCAGAAGUGUAUAGCCGGGGUUCAACAAAGACAAGGCCUUGUGGCUUCAUAGGAAUCCCCAAACAUUUCCUGUAUCAAGAUACAAAAGAUGUUAGGCUUGAAGAAUUACCAUUUCCAGACACAAAAGAUAUCCUUGACUCCGAUAAACAAGAAAGGUUAAAGGAAAGUCUCUGUUUAAGUGAGCAAGCCAAAAAAUUUGCCUUGACAAGUGAAAUUAACUCCAUAAAUACUUAUUACAUACAUUUUAAAUUUUUUGAUUUUUUGCCGCUAUUAACUGGUUUCACUUAUACAUGGGUGGCAGUCAGUGAUAAACUGAAUCGUGUACCUCCAUUGGCACAGAUUGGAUUAAUUUGUGUGAUAGCUUUGCUUUGGACGACUAUCGGAUAUCUGUUUGAAGACAUGUACGAACAGUACAGAAUAAAUAAAGCCGACCGCAGGACUGCGGCCCUAGGGGACGAGUACAUUCAGGGUGGAAUAGAGUAUUUUGAGAAGCUUUUAAUAAGAAACCAGAUUGUGAGAGAAACAGAACUUAUAUCUGGUAAGGCUCCUUACAAUGAAGAUGGUGAGAGAAUUAAUAAAUGGUAUGAAUAUGGACGACCAUUUUUUAACAAGAGGUUAGAACGUUUGAGGGGGUUGAAGAAAGAAGAACUAGUUGACAGAGAAGAGAAGACAGUGUCAUAGAUUUAUUUUAACAAAUUCGAGAUCUUUUUGUUAGCACAGAGUAGAAAAUAUUAAUGCAGCAUAUGAAUGAUUUUUAUUUGCAUCUGGCUUUAGGUAAACGGUGUUUAAUGCACAUGCAUGAAGUGUCGUUCCAGAUUGGCCUUGGCAGUCCACACAGGCUAAUCAGAGUCGCUACUUACUGCUUUUAUGCUAUUUAUUGUAAAAAUUGAGUUAAGGCAGAAAGUUUAGUCCCUGAUAAGCUUGUGCAAACUGCACAGGCUAAUGUGGGAGCAUACUUCAUCGCACAUGCAUUCAGCCCCGUUUUCCGAGAGCGAGGCUCAUUUAAUAAUGUUAAUAUUUUAAAUAUGCAAGAGUGAAGAAGUGCCAUAGUAUGCCAUUCGUUUUGGUUUCCAACAAAAUUAACUGGUAUCCAUAUAGCUGGCCAACCUAAGUCUGAUACUCUUUUUCUGUAGCUGCAUUAAUUUUCUAUGUACAAAUCUGGUUGUGUGUGAAACAAUGUAAUUUACGAGUUAAAUUGUUUUGCUUUGUU